AUGCCAAAAAUUAAGAAUUUUCGCCAAAAGAACUUUGCCAGAAUCCAAGGGGUGGCGCAUUUGAACCCAAUGGAUUUGAUCGAUUCUAGCAGUCCUGAAGAUGACACGACCUUCCACGCGAAAAUCAAGGGAAAGUACAACAUUCAAAAAGUACCAGGAGCUCAUGUCCCCAUCCCUGCUUCUUCUGUGAAGAAAGAUGCAAACUCUAAUCCCACAAAGAGAAACUCAUCUUUCCAAGCUGGCUACGAGACGAGUUUUCAAGGAAAAAGAGAGCCAGAAUCACUAGAAUCAGACGACUGGGGUGUUCUAGAAACGCCCGCCGGUCUAGAAACGCCCGGAUUGCUCAAAAGCGCCGAUUCCGACUCGAGCCAAGAAUCAUUCGCAGAGAAAAAGAUGAGACCGAUUUCCUCAACUCCCAUUCCUCCUGAUGACAGGGCCAGUUCCUCAAAUUUUUUAGCUUCGGUAGGUUGA